AUGUCUGGGGAACCACAUCUCCUGGGCUUAAACAGGCAACUGCUUGUGUCAAUAGACACAGAAAGUGACUUUGAAGAGGCAGCAACAAAUACAAAGUUUGAUAUGAACUCCACCAGUCUGGUAACUGGGUUUAAAAUUUUCCAGAAUUACAGCAAGAUUCUCAAUUUAGCAGGAAGCAGUCUUGUGGCUGUGAAAGCAGUGAUGUUUAAGAACUUGAUUCGCAUUAAGUGCCUUGACCUAUCACAAAAUAGCUUAAGUCAAUCUAUAAAUGGCUUGCAGUUCACCCACUUGAACAACUGCCUCAUGCUGGAUCUUUCCUACAAUAAAAUUAAUUUGUACUUUGAAACUGCCUUUACUGAGCUCCCCCUCCUGGAAGCCUUGGAUCUCCGUUACAACAGUUACCACUUCUUGAUGCAGGGUAUUGGUCACAACCCAAAUUUCAUAGCACACCUCAAAUCUCUGUGGUACCUUAGUUUGGCUCAUAGCUCUGUUGAUUCUAUUUGUAAUUUGGUUAUCAGCAGCACCUCCUUAAAGGUUCUGAUGUUCAAUGGAAACCAAUUAGAGAUGAUGUGAAGGCAUGAAUACAUCUACCUGAGGUUUUUCCAGAAUCUGACCAAUUUAAUCAAGUUAGAUAUCUCCAGUAAUCACUUGACGGGCCUCCCUCAGAUUUUUGAAAACCUGCCUAAGACUGUAAAGAUCUUGUGUGUUAGGAGUAAUUACAUCACUUUUUUCAACUGGACCAACCUGCAGCUCCUGCCUAACCUGGAGGUGCUGGACUGCAUUCCCAGGAAGGCCAAGCUUCGAAAGCUGUUUCUGAGCAAAAACAAGAUAGACAAUAUCUGCAAAUACUUCUUUGCCAAUGUCGAUUUACUGUUUGACUUCAUCAUCAUCAUGAACAUCACAAUACCCAACCUGACUAAUGAAGUCACCUUUGGCUCUCCAUGCGAGGUAAAGGGCAAGAGCAUCUUCACCCAUGAACUGCUUUUCUGCUCUGAAAACUCUGUCUCACUCUGCCUGUUUGGGUUUUCUGUGCUCUUCACCUUGGCAUUCUUGGCUGUGCCUACCAUGGAAUGCCUCUUUGGCUGGGACCUCUGGUACACCUUCUAUCUGUGCUGGCACAUUUCCAGGCAUGCUCAGAAGAAAAGUAGUGCCGAAGAGGUGGAAUAUGAUGCCUUUGUGGCUUUCAACAAAGAUCAGAAAGCUGUAGCUGACUGGGUCUAUAACAAACUCCAAGUCAGAAUGGAAGAGAGAGGCCUCGCUCGGCUCAAAUUUUGUCUUGAAGAAAGAGACUGGAUUCCAGGGAGAUCCUUGAUGGAAAACUUGUGGGAUUCAGUCCACAAGAGCAAGAAAAUAAUUUUUGUGCUUCCAAGUUCCACCGUGAGUCGCAUCCUGAGAAUUACCUUUCACCUGGCGCAGCAGCGGUUGUUGGAGGACAAAAAGGAUGUAGUGGUGUUAAUUCUGCUGGAGAAGAUGCAAAAGAAAUCCAAGUACCUUUACCUUCGGAAAUGUCUCUGUAGGAAGAGUCUUCAGUUACCUGAAAGCAUAUUACAAUCCUGA